AUGAUCGAGCGAGCGCAUCGCACCGGAGUAAGACCAAGAUCAGGUGCUGCUGAUGGUAUCAACACACGCCCAUGAACCAUUGUGUGUCGUCUGCGCGACUGGAGGCAGAAGGAUGAUAUUCUUAGAGCCGCCCGAAGGAUAAAACCAUCUGGUAUAUUUGUGAAUGAAGAUCUCGCAAAUGAGACCAUCGAAAAGCGGAAAAGGCAGGUUGAUGAGCUGAAUGCGGCAAAGAGAGCCGGGAAGACGGCAUACUUCGUGUUGGACAGACUGGUUAUAAAGGAAAGACGUAGUGCAGAGCCCAGCUAAGUUUAUUUACUAAAUAACGAUAAUGUCGCUUACCAAUUUACCGUUUAGUCACUUAGAUGACAGUGAUUUUGCUGCGGUGAUUUAUGAAUUCAGAAAUGGACCUGUUCAUUUCGAUCCCGAGAGACUAUCUAACUUAUUUAUCAAUCCUUUGAGUUCCGAUUUUGAGCGGUUCUUAAUUCGUUCGGAUGAUCUAGACCCUGACAUACAUUUUAAUAUUGACGGCGGGUGUUCUUAUUAUGUAGAAGAUAAAUUUAACGAUACUCUUCAAAAAGAAAUCAUGAUUAGUCGUGAACAAUCGAAUCAUCUUUCAUUGUUCCAUUUAAAUAUUCGAAGCCUUCAAAAAAAGGUUGAUGAACUAUCGACCCUUCUAACCUCUCUAGAUAUAAAAUUCUCCGUUGUUGGGAUAACUGAAACCUGGUUAAUGGAUUCACCAGUUGGAGUCGAAAUUGAUGGUUAUAACUUUGUUUACAAAAAUCGCUCUGUUAAAUCGGGUGGAGGUGUUGGCUUGUAUGUAUCAGACAAUCUUGAUUUUAGAAUUCGCACCGAUAUUUAUGCUGAUGAAGCUGAGGUGAUGGAAGCAUUGUUCAUUGAGAUCAUUCGACCCCAUGAGAAAAUAUCAUUGUUGGUAUAAUUUAUCGCCCUCCAAAUCAAAAUGUAAAUGAUUUCGUGACCAGAAUGAACGAAAUAUUAGGGAAAAUAUCUCGGGACAACAAGAUAUGCUAUAUAAUGGGAGUUUUUAAUUUGAAUCUGCUAAAAAAAUCAAAACCACAACGCCACCGGGGAAUUCCUAGAUGGCCUGUAUUCUCACCUGUUUUUUCCGUUAAUCACGUUACCUUCCCGAAUUACUUCUCACACUGCAACUCUGAUUGA